AUGGCGGCAAAGGGCCAGACUACCGAGGUAGCUUACCAGAGCCUUCCGAGGGACGACCCUUCGGCGGCUCUGCUGCACCCUGAGGAGCGAGAGGAGGAGGAAAGAAAGCCGUCCGUCUCCAUCACCUUUUCGCCCGUCCUCCUCCUCCGAUUUAUCGUCAUCGCUCUAGGAAUCACGGCCACCGUCUUCAUCUGCAUGCCCUGGUACCACGACGGCCUGGCCGCCUUCUUCGGCAUCUGGUCCAUCAUGCUCAUCCUUUGGAACUCGUACCACCUCAUCAGCGGCCUCAUCUACUGUGCCUGCUGCGGAAAGAAGGGUGGCAACAACGUGGUUGACAUUACGCUUGGGAGCUUUUUCUGUUCCUUUGGCUUCGUGUCUGCCAUCCAGCUUGGCUCUCCCCAGACGAGGAGCAUUUUGGUCAAGUUGAGGCCUUAUCUCAUCAACUUGGUGGACCUUGGCUUCGGUGGCUUCUUCAUCAUCCCCGGUGUCUUGGCCUUGACGAGUGGCCUUUGGUACUAUGAUGACAAUGUUGGCGGGCUGUGCAUCACCUUGUCGACGCUGGAGUUCAUCAUUGCGUUCGUGUCUCUGUUCAGCAUCUUCCGCAAGGUCAAGCUCGUCUUGUACAAGGCCGAGGAGCACGACAAGCCUGCCUAUACUAUUCCUGAGCUGUACCGAGACGACACGUCGGAGCCCCGAGCCUCGACUUCCUCCGAGGUUUAG